GUGGCACUACUACACGAAAAAAACAUCAAAUAUUGAAAUGAAACCUUGACAUAAAUAUUUCGAAAUUGAAAAAUUAUUUUUUAUUUGAAAAGGAUAGACGAAUUCACGAAUUUUUCCGAUCCUUACAUUUUUUUUCUUUUUCGUAUGCUUUUUGAGCUCGAUUUAAUUGUUAACCUUUCGGCUAAAUUAUGCGCAAAUCUUAUUCUUUGGAACUAAUCGCGAAAAAUCCGAUCACACAGCGUCUUUCGUUCCGAUCCCUGCAUGACGUGCGCAGGUUCAGAGCAUCGGCCAGUACAGUCAGCGCAAAGAGUCUAAAGGUCGAACAACCUUUUCGGUGUUUCAACUACAAAGUGAAGCUCAAAUUACUGGGCGUACAUAUGGUGAUCAAGAAGCUAAUGAACAAAAUAAUUUUCAUAGAGGAUCUGGAGCGUAACAAGUUAGGCAAAUUCAUAUAUGUGCAAUGUCCGGAACAGAUCUUAAGUUGGAAGUACGAAGACUGGUUGGAUACUCAGUCUCAUAGACUGAUGUGGUUUAAAGUCAUCGACCACCAGAUGUCACCUAGGCAAUUUACAAUAUGGAUGAAGCUGAAGAACUAUACUGCUAUACGGAAUUGUCUGUACGAGCUGGCCGAUUGUUAUUUGAACAGAAACAACUAUAUAAUGUCAAUGGAUGUUAUGGCGUCCAUUGCAAGAUUUCAUAACUUCGAGGCAGAAAUUUCAAAACAAGUGCAAAAGAAUCAGGCAAAGACAGGCAAUGUGCGACGCCAACUCAUCGCCUUGGCUUUUAUUAAACGAACCAUGGGCUCGUUAACCAAGAAACCGGAAGAUCUCUUUUUGAUUUCCAACAUAGAGAAUAAUUAUGUGCUGCGUUUCCACAAAGUAAGAGAGGAGCAGGCCGAAAUGCGCAUACAAUUGGCCGAAGAGCGGCUACAGAGGGAAAUUCAGAAAGCAAAAAAACGUUUUUAUGAAGAACAGUUUGCAACAACCUGCACAACGGACACUUACUUCAAUCAGAUAGAGAAUCUCCGUGAACGCAUAGCGAAGUUUACGCUACAUUAUGACAGCGAAUAUUCGAGAUUAGAUGGACACAUAACUUAUUUGAAAACAGCUAUUGAAAAAAUCCAACUAACUCGCUCGUUCUUGGAGGAACAGAUUGCAUGGUUUAAAGAGAGCCUGCGCCUUUCCAAUGCAGGCAUAGCGCCACCUAAACGAUCAAAUACGCUCAAACCUUUAAUGAAAAAUCUACAGUUCCAUAAAGAACGUAAAUUGACACUGCUGCGAUCUCAGAGGAGUCUUAUGUCCAUAAAUUCACAGACGAAAAAAUCACUGCGUCCUAGAACUAGGCUAACGAAAGAGGCUUCGCGCUUAAUAGGUAGCGAAAAUCUGCAGUAAAAUCAUAUGUUUAAUACAAAAUUUACAAAAUUCCGAAAGUUAAAAAAAAAUAAACAAAAAAUUUAAACAGCACAUAUGAAAAUGUGUGUCUAAAAAAAUUAUAUUAUACUAAGCAAAAUAUAUAUGAAAAUUGUGUGCAAAACAUUGUAUAUAUAUUGUAUACGCUAAAUAAAUGAUUACAGUAUGCAACUA